CCACAGGUCAAUCAUCAUCGGAAAAACUGAGAAAUGAGAGUCCCAGUCAUCACCACCAACAGCAUGAGGGUCUUCAUGUUUCUCUUGGCUCUGUCGUCGCUGCUGACUCAUUCCAUCGCCGCGUCGGUGUACGAGGCGGCCUUCUCUGUCAACCAUGACCACUAUCUGCUUCGCAUCUCCUCCCCUUCGCCCUCCCUCGGCACCUUCUCGCUUCCCACGCCCCCCGCAGACGCCAUCGAGAAGCUCUUGCCUGCCUACUCAUGCAUCGCACCGACGCUUGUGACGCAGCUGACUGCCGGCAUGAACGUCACCUGCAGUGAUGGCGAUGUCAGCGUGCGGUUCGUCAGCCCGCCAUUUGAGCACGCCGAUGAGAUCGCCGCUGUCGGUGAUGACGCGGCGCAGCUGAUGGGCCAUCUCGAGGCGCUGCAGAAGGACGGCGCGACUCCCCAGCGGCUGGAGGCAGUGGUCAAAGCUGAGGCAGAUCGGCUUGGCAUCGACCACGAGUCUGUCUUGGGCGGCAUAGAGAGGGUCUCGGAGUGGCCUCUAUCGAUAUGGGACUAUUUUGACCCCCGACACCUCGUUGCGUGGGAGCUCAACUACCUUCGCGAGCACUGGGGACCUCUGCCGCCAUUCCCGACGUACAACCAGUCCAAUGGAGAGAGUGGCGUCUACGACAUUGCCACGGGCAAGCAGGUGCCCUUGCGUGCUGUUCGUGAAGAGGGCCAGCCGCUGGAUGAGGAGGUGCGCAUCGCCAUCGCUAGCGAUUGGGGAGCCGGUACCCCAGAAACGCAGGCGAUUGCAAAUCAGCUGGAGGGUGGGUUUGAGCCCCACUACACGGUGCAUCUGGGGGAUAUCUAUCUCAUCGGCUCCAAGAAAGAGGUGAAUGGAUAACGAUAAGUGCACGAUUUGUUCGAGCAGUGACCAGAGUACAUAUCCGCCUGUGUGUCAGAUUCGCGAGCAUGCGCUGGGAGUACGUCCAUCGUGGGCUAAAAGAGGCGUCAAGUGGACGCAUGGGUCCCUGGCAUCAUUCGCCCUCAACGCCAAUCACGAGAUGUACUCACGGGGCUAUGGCUACUUCGACGUGCUUCUGCCGACUCUCGGUGAGGAGCAGAAGCCAUCACUAAAGGAUUUCGUAUAUCCAUGUGUUUCGUUUACUUUGAAGGUCCCCGUGAUGCCUCGACCGGUCACUUUGGUGGACAGAAGGCGUCCUACUUUGCGCUCAGGAGCCCCCAGUGGUGGCUGAUCUUCCUCGACACGGGAUACUACAGCUACAACAAGGACGGCGCGACCCCUGGGCAGGAGAGCCAUGACAACCACCAGCCGCAGGCGGUGGUGCAGUGGCUCAAGAACAUCAUCAGACCUGACGAUACACGCGGUGAGGAUGAAACGCACUGAUUGUGACAGACUCGCACAACCGCAUUGAUGGACACAUCUCUCUCCCUGUGUGUCUGUCUGUCUGUCUGUCUGUCCGUCCGUCAGGUUUGGUCUUUUUCACUCACCACCAGUAUCGUUCAGCGUUUGAGGGAGGGUAUUACGCGACACCGAGACAGCUCAUCGACGAGGGUAUCGUGCCCGCCAACAACCGCACGGUGCUGUGGCUGUGGGGGCACGAGCACCGGCUGGCCGCGUACGCACCUGGCACACAGGGCGGAGUGCCGCUGAUGGUAAGAAGCAGUUACAUGCACACGGCACGAAUGAAUCGCACGUACCAUUGUUCGUUUGCCAUUUGGCUUGUGCUGCAGAGCUAUGGUAGAUGUGUUGGCAACAGUGGCUAUCCCGUGUUGCUGGCCUCCAUGCCGGCACGUGCGCGUGAGUCCAAGCUGCAGGUCUAUGACAACCGCGUAUAUGCAACAAGAGACGUCAAGACAGGUAAAGCGAGAAAAUGAGAAAUGCAAGACGGACGACCGCAUGCAAUGUGCUUUUCCUGCGUGCCUUUCAGUCGGCUACAACGGCUAUGCGAGAAUGUACCUCAACAAGGACGGCACCAUGAAGCUGCAGUACUUCUCUGUCAAGCUGGAUCCAUCGACAGGCCAGCUCGACCCACAGGAAGGCGAUCUGCUGAUGGAAGACACCUGGACGGUCGACCAGCGGGGCAAUGUGGUGCUCAAGGACAUGCAGAUCAUCAACAGCGACCUCACUGUGGUGUCGCACCACGGGAUGGACGCAGAUGAGGACCCCGAUUUGGUGCUGUAUUAAGGCUCUCAGAGCCGCGCUCUCCUUUUUUUGACAUCUUGUCUGUGUGGCUGAGUGCGCGUGAUUGUGG